CAAGCGCGCGCCUUCUGCAACUUCUUUUCAUCAAGUACUCCAUUGGAUUACGAUUUAUCAUUCAAAGACGUACCAAGCAAAGGAGCCGCUUCAAGCAAUUCCUAGUAGUCGAAGCAUCAAUCUUUAGCCCCUUCGCUUGAUAUUUAAUUUUCAAAUCAUGUUGCCUCUCUCUUCCUUUAUCAGAUCAACGGUUCUGGCUUUUGUUUUGUCAAGACUUUGUCAAACAGCGGCGUUCCAAUUGAGUAAUCCAUUCCGGUCUGUAGCAUUUGCUUCCAAAACUGUUGUCGCUUCUUCCUUUGCGGCUGAUGGAUCCGAGUAUUCUUCAAAAGACAGCUCCGAGUUCGAAGACGACGAAGACGGCAAUAAAGACUUUGGACGAAACUAUCGGGAUGACGACGAAACACCGACAGUCGAGCUUGGACCUGUUCCCAUGUCGAAGAACGCCGGAAAUCGGUUCGUGGCAGUUCUCUGGGAUGCCGAGCUUGUGAAAGGAAAAGAUCCUCUGGACUUGCAUUACGAUCACAUCCAGACGACAGAUGAUCACGUCAUGUAUUGCCGCAAGGCCAAUCUGUAUAAUAAAACAUUCAAUACGGAUAGUAUGGUCGACAUACUCUGGAGUCUACCGCUGCUUUCUUCGGAUCUCCAACGCGUGAUUGGACACGCCAUGUGCUUGGAAUCGACACGACUCGACUAUGUUCAAAACUUCUUAGCGGAAGACCCAACUGUAAAAACAAUAACUGGCGGGGACCUGACCAAUGUUCCUUUGUACCGGUGGCGACACAUUCGAGACUACAGUCUCCGGAUUGACGACGGUCGAGACGGCUAUCCUUGCAUGUGUUUUGCGUUGGAUGAUGAUCCGGAAUACGUCAAAAAUCUUCGGGAGGAAACUGUACGAGAGAAUCUGGAAUAUUUGAUUCGAAGCGAACGAGUGAUUGCGGCGGGCCCUUUGCAUAUGCCUACCGAGUUCAAGGACGAUCCUAGCAGCAACCCCAUGGGUGAUCUUAUUAUGUUCAACGCGAAAAGCCGAGACGACGCCAUCGAGUUUGCGGAAGGCUUACCCAGUGCCGAAGAAGGAUUGUACAAAGACAUGAGGGUUCAUUUUUACAACUCACUAGAUAUUACUGGCAAAUUCGUUUCUGAGGAUCCUCUCAGAGAUUCUCCAUGCGAGCAGAUGAAAGAAGCUCUGGAACAUUGGGGAUACCCUGUAGGAGAUGAUCAAACACCCCAUCUAAACUUUUAAAUUUAAUCUUCUCCAUUUUUCUGCAAGGGUCAAGGCUUGCUACUUCACUGGUUUUUUCUGUACACCCGUCUCCAGAUCGGCUCCACGGCUUCGCAAAAAAUGUAAAAGAAACUAUGUGCUCAAGGCGGCUGAAGACGAGGAGUAUUCACAAAAGCGGUUGUACACCAAGAAACGUCAAUUUUUCUGAUGUACGUCUUGUCACUUUUAGAGCUCCUUGACUUUUGUUCGAUGUAAAAAUGCAAUUUGCUCAUGCAUUAACACCUGUUAACACGAAGAUAAUCGUAUCGGACUAUAGAUAAUUCAAGUUCAUUGUU